AUGUUCACUCGCACACUCUUCAUCACCGCUGCUAUCUCGCUUGCCGCCAUCCCGCUCGUGCGCGGCGCCGACCACCAGAUCAUCGUUGGCGGAGCAGGCGGCGUAGUCGCCUUCAACCCUCCGAACGUCAACGCGAGCGUUGGUGAUACGGUCACAUUCAUCUUUCAGCAAAAGAACCACACCGUCACCCAAAGUUCUUUCGCGGAUCCUUGCACUCCGCUCGCUGGUGGCUUCGACUCUGGCUUUAUUCCCGUCGGCGACGACGUAACGAGCGACUUCCAGCAGGCACAGCUAACCAUUCAAGACACCAAUCCUAUCUGGGGCUUCUGCCAACAGGCCGGCCACUGUCAGAAGGGUAUGGUCUUCGCCGUCAACGCGAAGUCGGACGCGCAGUUCCAGCAAUUCCUGGCUGCUGCCACUGGUAACACAACAACUGGCGCGUCAUCCAGCGUGACGUCCGCGGCAGCCACCGCCACCUCUGCUGCCAGCGGUGGUACAACAUUCACCUCUGUCUCCGUCUCCCAACAAGCCAGUGCUACCGCCUCUGCGACCUCUGCCGCCUCAAGUGCAUCGUCGACGAGCACAUCAACCAACGAGCACCGCAUCGUGGUCGGCGACUCGACUGGUGCGACGACCUUCACACCUGCCAACAUCACCGCGCAGCCUGGCGACGUCAUCACGUUCGAGUUCCACGCGAAGAACCACACCGCGACGCAGAGCAGCUUCGGCGCUCCCUGUCGCCCGCUCGGAGACACGUCGCAGUCGGGUCAGGUCGGCUUCGACUCGGGCUUCAUGCCUGUUGCCGGCAACGCGACUACGUUCCCCACGUUCAGCGUUCAGGUCAACGACUCGGCCCCGAUCUGGGUUUUCUGCGCGCAGACUGGCCACUGUGGCAAGGGCAUGGUGUUCUCCGCGAACGCUGUCGAGACUGGUAGCAACACGUUCGAAGCUUUCCAGGCUCGCGCCAUGUCACAGAACGGCACAAGCAGCAGCUCCACGAGCGGCGCCGGACGCGUCUUCGCGCGCACGGUCUCGCAGGCCACGCUCCUCGCCGCACUUCUCGGCAUCAUCCUCGGCAUCUUCUUCUAA